AUGAAUAGGUACUAUAUACACAGUCUUUCUGCAGACCCGAAGGUGUGUCCCUGCCUUUAUAAACACCGCGCUGCUCUCCCAACCAGCUCUGACUCUUUAGGAAGAGGGGAAUUGCAUCAGGACUUGUGUUUGGGUGUCUCCAGGCCCUCUGCAAGGUAUGUAUUACACAGAACAGAGACCAUGAGGAUCAAAAGCUUUGGACUCCUUUGUUUGUUAAUGCUGGUCUCCCAGAUGCUACUAGCCAACUGUGAAAGACAGAAGGAAAGGAAAAAGGGAAGACAAGGCAUAGAACAUGGUGGAAAGAAACAAAAGGAAUCUAACCAAGGAAACGAAAAAGGGCAGAAGUCAAAAGGAGGAAAAUCAUCUCUUAAAGGCAAGUUUAAAACCAAAGAAAAUGCUGAGUGCACCUGGUCAGUGAUGGACACAAACGCUGUUACUCUGCACGUACAGUGCAAGCACGGUGACAGCGAGUUCUGGUGUGAAUUCUCUGGAGACCCUUCCAGCUGUGCACAGUAUGCAGCAAACCAGAAAUCCUACUGGAAACAAGUCUCUCGAUCCCUAAAGAAGCAGAAGCACAUUUGUCAAGACCCCAAAAGUGUUCUAAAAUCUAAAUUAUGUAGGAAAGGCCCACAAAGUGCUCACCUCAGGUUGACUCACUCCAGCCUACUAACAGCAGCGGGUCCUGCCAAAGAGAACUCAAUGCAUCACACAAAAGAAGUUGGUCAGACUCCAACAGAUGCCUCUGUGACUGAAAAAAGGCUAGAACACAGUCCUCAAGAUUGUGUUGAAGAUGUAGAUUACAUUGACCAGAAAAAGGUGGCUGAGGAAUACUGUCCAGAAAGCUUGCUCUCUUUCUGCAACUUUUUUAUCACAAUGGUUCAAGACAAACGAUGCUGA